CGGGAACUUGCGGAGAGGGACAGCGAGGGAAUGUCGGUCCUUGCGUCCCCUUUGCAGGUUGUCUAAAAAAGGCAAAAUCUGUUGCUUAGUAUGAAGAAAAGCAGAGGUCGGACAGAUCGAAAGAGAAGAAGAAAGCACUUGAAGAGUUUUAUGGAUGGAGGUAUCAUCAUGCCUGGAAGUUAAAUAAUAAAAUAACCAAUUGUUUCUCAAGUCAACUGCAGUCACAAGCUGGAAUACAUUAAACUUAAGAAGUGGCUAAAAGAGAGAGGAUUUGAAGACAGUAAUUUAAGGCCAGCAGAGUUCUGGGGGACAGGCAGAGGGCUGAUGACCACAAAAGCUCUUCAGGCAGGAGAUGUGAUUAUUUCAUUGCCUGAGAAGUGUUUGCUCACCACGGGCACUGUCCUCAGCAGCUGCUUGGGAGGCCACAUUGAGAAAUGGAAGCCCCCCGUGUCUCCUUUGCUGGCUCUGUGCACGUUUUUGAUAGCAGAGAAACACGCUGGGGAGAAAUCUCCAUGGAAGCCCUACCUGGAUGUUCUGCCCAAGACUUACACUUGCCCUGCUUGUUUGGAGCCUGAUGUCAUAAAUCUUCUCCCAAAACCCUUAAAAAAGAAGGCUCAGGAGCAGAAAAUGAUGAUCCAAGAGCUGUUCAGAUCUUCCAAAGCUUUCUUCUCUUCCCUGCAGCCUUUAUUUGCUGAGAGCACAGGAAGUAUUUUUAAUUUCAGUGCUCUGGAGUGGGCUUGGUGCACUAUAAAUACCAGGACAAUCUACAUGAAACAUCCUCACAGGGAGUGUUUCUCCCUGGAGCCAGAUGUUUAUGCAUUGGCACCAUAUUUAGAUUUGCUAAACCACAGCCCAAAUGUCCAGGUCAAGGCUGGGUUUAAUGAGCAGACAAGGAGCUAUGAAAUUUGGACAAAUUCACAAUGCAAAAAAUACCAGGAAGUUCUGAUCUGCUAUGGACCUCAUGAUAAUCAGAGGCUGCUGCUGGAAUAUGGAUUUGUUGCCAUGGACAACCCUCACAGCAGUGUUUAUGUCUCAGCAGAUACUCUCCUCAAAUAUUUCUCACCACUGGACGAGCAGAGAAAGGCCAAAGUUUCCAUUCUAAAGGAUCAUGAUUUCCUAGAGAAUUUGACCUUUGGCUGGGAGGGACCAUCCUGGAGACUCCUCACAGCCCUCAAGGUGCUGAGUCUGGCAGCAGAUGAAUUUGCUUGCUGGAGGAGGAUCCUGCUUGGUGAUGUCACUUCAGCCAGGAAUGAACAGCAAGCUUUGGGUACAGCAGCAAAAAUUUGUCAGUUUUUAAUAGAGGAGACCCAGCACGUCCUUCUCCAGAUUUCCCAGCUGAAAAGAGACAAAGAGAACCUCAAAACCCACCUGGCUUUGGUGGAAAUGCUGCGCUCAGAAGACCUCAAGAUCCUUCAAAAAUCAGCUGAGAUUCUUUGCAACUUGAAUUUAGGAACAACUUGAGCCCCCUGGAGCUGUGACAGGGAUUAUUGCCAGAUUAUUGCUCUUUUAAUGGAUUUGAGCAGCAAAGAAUAAUUUAAAAUUUCAUCAGAGUAAUUUUGUUCUUUGCUGACCUUCACACAAAAGGUUCUGCUGAAGUGGAGAGCUCGAGCUCCUUGGUUUGGAGAAAAGAGAAUUUUUUUAAAGGGCAUUUCAGGGCAGGACCCUUAUUUAAGCUGCAGAAACUUCAUUUGGGAUUGGGAUUCUCUUGUGAUUAUUGUCCAUGAUGUGAUUUUAAAAAGUGCUUAUUUUUGUAAAUAUAUUACUUCAUUUUCUA